AUGCCGGCCAAGAUUCUGGAUGCAGGUGACAGGCGUCCCUUAUCUUCUACCGGAAAAAGUAUUCUUGGACUGACAGGAGCUGCAGGACGAUCAAGUGCGCCGAGAGAUGCAGAGAAGAAGAGAGAACUUGCAACUCAGACUGCCGCUUCGGCGACGUCGGCGAGCAAAUCUGCCGCAUCCAGACGCAGCACCGGCCAAGCCGGCAUACUGAGUUUAGCUCAAAAUGAAGAGUCUCCAAUCGGGCAUCGCACUGCUUCGCCCGCAGACAAAGAUGUCAGGGAUGCCCUGGCUCGGUUGUUCGUGGCCUUCGAUGAGGAUGGUGAUGGCCUGCUGCGUUCGUCAGAAUUUGCCAUUGCAAGAAAGCUAGUGGCAGCAACGUUCAAAAACUCAGAAUCGCAAAUUCUGGGUCCAGAUGCCGCUGAUCCAGUGGGACGGGACGCCUUCGUUGCAACCAUGCUGGCUUCGACACCUUCACAUUUAUCCACCAGCGAAGUCGUUCAGCAGAUAAACAAAAUGAUUCCUGGAAGCCGUGGCAACUUUGAGAAGUCCGUGAGCGAUCUCCAGCAUGUCAUUGUCCGCAACGUGUCCGGUCUGCCUGAGUCUCCACCAAAGCCUCUUUGGCGGACGGCUACGGGCAGAGGCGCCUUCGCACUUCCUCCCGGGGUGGCUAGCGGUCCGCUGAUCGUCCGCAUGGCUUUCAAAGUUAUGCAGUAUAUGGCCAUGCGCACUGAAGAUGCCACAUGUAUGGAUGGAGGAUUGACUUGCCGAGUUGGGAGUCACCGGCAAACAUUCAAGAAGCUUCUGGACAGGGCUGGCGAGAUAGCCGGCGCUCGCGCCCUCCCAUCCGCCGAUGGGAAGUCAGUGGAUCUGUAUCUCAUGAAGUCCUCGGCAGGGGAGGUUUUCCGAGUUUGCCUGCAAAACCUUCAGCUUUGCUCUGGGCCAGAUCCUGUGCUUGAAGGGAUCGGUGGUUUUGAUGUCGGCCCCAUAGAGCCAGCAACCAUUCCCAAAGAGCUCUGGGCAGAGAUGUGCCAACCCGAUGGCUUGUGUAGGUCUGAAGCACCCGAUGCAAAAGACUGUCGUCCAGAACUCCUUCGAAACUUAUCCGAGGGUGACGUCGAUUGGCAGAACGCACCACUCAUGCUCAAGGUCAUAUCGGCUUCGCGCCACGUUUUUCGUGUUCGUUUCAGCCUGAUUGGCAAUCAGCUUAGCAGUAGAUACAUAGUUCUGAUCCCGAAACUCCGAACGGUAAAGGAGGGUCAUGCCAGAUAUGCCUCGCAUCGCGUGUCUGUACGCGGUCUGACCGAUAGUGCGACGACUGACUUUCAGAGUUUUGUGCUGCUCAACUUGCCGGGAGACCAGCUUUCCCAACUUUCGGUGGAGCAUGACUUUGUGAACCAGCAAGUCCGGGUUCAGCAGGAAGACUCGGUGGCCCGGGCCCAGGGUGGGCUCGAUGCCGUGAUCCCUGUACCCGUCCUUACACCCGAGGAAAGGGCAUCCAGCCUGGCCUGUGACGGCAGGGAGCUUCGCUCACUGCUCUCAAGUCAGGGAUUGGGGCGUUUAGGUGGGGAACGUGACAUAGCUUAUGCCGUUCGACUUGGACGACAUCUCCGUCACGGCUACAAGUAUGACGUGGCAUUGGCAGAGACGGAUCUCAAAAGCCUGCCAACCUCUAUUUGGAAGGCAAAACGAGGCGAUUGUUCCUCCUUCAAUGUGGCAUUCGUAUUUGCAUUGAGAGCACACCAGAUCCCAGCACGCAUAUCACUUGGCUUCAAGUAUGGGCAGGCUGUGUUCGAUGCAUGUGGGUCAGUCGUGGCUCCACAUGUUCAGUGCGAAUUCUUCGCUGAAGGAAUUGGCUGGAUUCCCUGUGAUGCGACUGCAGGCGUUCAUCGACUGGGACACGAAGCGACCGGCAUGCUGUCCUUCCUGGAGUUGCGAUCCGCCAGCCUCACUGUACAAGAUCUCCAGGACUUACGAAAAGUCUUUGGGCCAACUGUAGGCCCAGUUGAGCUACGUGAGAACUCACAGCAAGACCCCAGCUCUUCUUCCAAGGAUGUGCUGAAGGCCUCUGAAAUGUCGGACCCCAGUGUUACAGCCUCGCAAUCCAAACACGUGGCAGCAGCUCACGAGCUCGGAAAGUUCAGGGACCUCCGCACCGCUGAUCCGCUGACAGAUUGCGCACGAGCUGGCGCAAAGAUGUUCGAGGGUGGGCCCUAUCGUGGGCAGCCACUCAAGCUUGCCCAACUGAACGAAAACAUGUUGGUCCCAGCUGAAAUAGAUGCAGUGAUGGAUCACUUGAAAGCCAAGCCUCGAGCAGAAGACUGGUCAAAGAUGUGGCCGUACGGUGUCAUUUCCUGCAGCUAUGAAUUUGAGGAGAAGCCGGCAUAA